AUGACACUUCUCAUCUCGAACAUUGAUAUCCGCGACGAAAUCUUCGACAAGAUGACGGCCACCGACAGCAGCAACGGUCCUGCCCCGGCGAAUCCCCCAACAGAACCGCGAGCUAUCUACAAUCGACCUGUAGAAGACUUCUUGAGCAACGUUUCGAGAUUCAAGCUAAUUGAAACAACCCUUCGCGAGGGCGAACAAUUCGCCAACGCCUUUUUCGAUACCGAAACCAAGAUCAAGAUAGCCAAGAAGCUGGACGAGUUCGGAGUGGACUACAUCGAGCUCACCUCCCCCGUCGCAUCCGUCCAGUCGCGCAAGGAUUGCGAGACGAUAUGCAGAUUGGGUCUUAAGGCCAAGAUCCUUACCCACGUUCGAUGCCACAUGGACGAUGUACGAGUAGCGGUAGAAACCGGUGUCGAUGGAGUGAACAUCAUGAUGGGAACGUCCGCCCUGCUGCGGCAACACUCCCACGGCAAGGACGUAGCAACCAUCAUCAAGUCGGCAAUCGAAGUCAUCGAGUACGUCAAGUCCAAGGGCCUCGAGGUCCGCUUCUCCACCGAGGACUCCUUCCGCUCCAACCUCGUCGACAUCUUGUCCGUCUAUCGAACGGUCGACAAGAUCGGGGUGAACCGCGUCGGCGUCGCCGACACGAUCGGCUGCGCGAAUCCGCGCCAGGUGUACGAUCUGAUAAGGACCCUCAGGGGUGUCGUCUCCUGCGACAUCGAAACCCACUUCCACGACGACACCGGCUGCGCGACCGCCAACGCCUACACGGCCCUCGAGGCCGGCGCGACCCACAUCGACGUCACGGUCCUCGGCAUCGGCGAGCGCAACGGCAUCACCCCGCUCGGCGGCUUCAUGGCCCGCAUGAUCGUCGACAACCGCGACUACGUGACCUCCAGGUACGACCUGCGCCUGAUCAAGGAGCUCGAGGACAUGGUCGCCGAGGCCGUCCAGAUCAACACGCCCUUCAACAACCCCGUCACCGGGUUCUGCGCCUUCACCCACAAGGCCGGCGACCACGCCAAGGGCAUCCUGCGACACCCCAGCGCCUACGAGAUCAUCAGGCCCGAGGACUUUGGGAUGGCGAAUUACGUGCACUUCGCGUCGAGGCUGACCGGGUGGAACGCCGUCAAGACACGCGUGGGGCAGCUGGGGUUGGAUAUGGAGGACGAGCAGGUGAAGGUCGUCACUGCGAAGAUCAAGGCGUUGGCGGAUGUGCGGCCACUAGCCAUCAAUGAUGUCGAUUCCAUCACCCGAGGCUUUCAUCAGACCCAUGUCGAAGGGUGA